AGAGAAGAGUAUUUUCCAUUCGAUGGCAUUACUCGAGGAAUAAUAAUAAGGGAGAACCUGGAGACGCACACGUGGGUCGAGUCCAUCGAUUUUGGGAGCUUUUCACAGUUCUGCGGUCGUUAUCGGUGAAUUCACACAUUGUGUUGCUGGAAAAGUUGCAACAAUGAAGGUCAGAACGGCCCAGGAAAUGGAAGAGGAGCGAGUGAGAACUCUCUACAUUCGCCUGCCCCACACAAUAAAGAAUAUCGACGAGAUUCGUGAUCUCAUUUUCGGUGAUGUUGACAUCAAGCUGCCGAGACAGUCGGGGAGACACUGCCACGUUGUUUUUCCGAGUGUCGAAGAGAAGCUCAAGAACAUGAAGGCCCUCAAGAAGAAGCUCAUCGACAACAAACACAUCUUCGUGAGCAAUGCCAAACUGCAGGAUCCUGACGUUAAGAAGGAGAAGCAGAUGAAGAUGAAGAAAGUCAAACCUGUGGUGAUCCGCAAGCCGAAGGAGCAGACGAAGGUCACCAAGAUAUGCUUUCUCCACAAGAUCCCGAAGUCGGCGACGGUUAAGGACCUCAAGAAAUUAUUCCCAGAAGCUAAAAAUGUUGCUAUUCUCUAUAAACAGAGGCUCCAGGAUAAUGUUAAUUUCGAUGGAAGAACUGGAAUCGUCAAGUUUAGAGACGUGAAAACAGCAGCUGCGUAUUUGAACAAAGAGCGCCCAAUGCCUGUGUGCAAGGGAGUCCAGCUUGAAAUUCACCGAGACAAGAGGAGGCAGAAGAAUAAGAAGAAGAACAAGGCGGAAACAUUGAAAGUUUACGAUGACGUUAAGACUGACGUGAAGGAUGAGGAGGAAGUGAAGAGUGUGCCAGAGGAUGAGGAGGAGGUCGAGAGUGUGCCAGAGGAUGAGGAGGAGGUCGAGAGUGAGCCAGAGGAUGAGGAAGAGGAGGAAGAUGGAGAUGACGAAGACGCUAAUGAGAGCAGCGAUGAGGAGGAAUAAUUUACUCGUCCUCUAGCUGAGAAAAUAGUCGUAAAAAGUGUACAGUUAUCUUCCACUUCAGAAUUUGUAAAAAUGGGAGAGAGAAGAGGGGAAGAGGUCCAGCGUUGAACGUGAGGACACGAAAUAAUCGACUUCUAGGAUAAUUCCGUUCAAUUUUUGUUCGUAUUUUUAAUAUUCUUCAUAAUUUGUUUCCUUCGCUUUUACAUGUGGAGAUGAAAAUAAAGUUCAUGUUCUUUGUAAA